CAUAAAACUGUACAGAUCUUUAGCAAGAGCUAUUGCCCUUAUUGUACCCGUGCCAAGGAUAUAUUUGAUGAUCUCGACGUUGACUACAAGGCACUCGAACUGAACGAUCACCCUGAAGGACCUUCUAUUCAACAAGCACUCCAAGAACUCACCAGUCAAAAGACGGUGCCUAACAUUUUUGUGAACCAGAAACAUAUUGGUGGUUAUGAUGCAUUGAAGUCUGCUUUGGACUCUGGAAAGCUCCAAACCAUUUUGAAGAACUCUCCUUCUGCAAAAUUGUAA